CCGCUCACUCUCCGCGCCACCCGGAAAGGCGGCUGCCAGCCAUGGCUGAGGCGAAACCUUGGGACCCGGCGUCCGAGCCAAACGCUGCGGGGCUACUGCUGGGACAUUUCGUAGCUUCGGGGUUGGUUACUCAGGGGCAGCGUUGGACAUAAUAUAUCCUCAUAUUUUAGACACGUGGCCAUGCUAUUCCAACACACACAUAAACUCUGACAUAUUGCUGCUUUCUCUGUUCACUUACCAAUAGGAGAUGUUAAAUAUAUCUAAGAAAUCAACUUCUUGCUUUGUGAACUUCUCCAGACUACAGCAGAUCACAGAUAUUCAAGCUGAAAUCUACCAGAAAAACCUGGAAAUUGAACUCCUAAGACUAGAAAAAGAUGCAGCAGAUGUUGUCCAUCCUUCCUUUUUGGCACAGAAGUGUCAUACUCUGCAAAGCAUGAAUAAUCAUUUGGAAGCGGUGCUAAAAGAAAAGCGGUCCCUCAGGCAAAGACUGUUGAAACCCAUGUGCCAAGAAAACUUGCCUAUUGAAGCUGUUUAUCACAGGUACAUGGUGCAUUUGCUGGAGUUGGCAGUAACUUUCAUUGAGAGAUUAGAAGAUCAUCUUGAAAUAAUUAGAAAUAUCCCUCAUUUAGAUGAAAAUCUAAAGAAAAUGAGCACAGCCUUAGCAGAGAUGGAUAUUUUGGUGGCUGAGACAGCAGAACUGGCAGAGAAUAUACUCAAGUGGCGAGAACAACAGAAGGAAAUUUCCUCUUGUAUCCCCAGAAUAUUAGCUGAAGAAAAUUUUCUUCAUAAAUAUGAUGUUACAGUGCCUCCUUAACCUUUUAUUUCUAAAAUUAAUGUUCAAACUAUUAAUGAAAAGUAAUUAUCAACUUUUUAUUUUUGUUUAAUUAUAUGUAGUCAUGUGAAAUCCAUUUCUAGUCAAUUAUAACAUGGGUAUUUAUAGACUUUGCCACUAGCAAUACUGAAAGAGCCCUCUUUAUAUUGAAAUACCGAGAUUCCAAGUUCAUUAAGACAAAACUGAAUUUUCCUUUGUUUUUCAUGUAUUUUCAUUCCACUUUUCAAUAAAACUCAAAUACAACUAUAAUUAACGUGAGUGCAUUAACCAUAUCUUAGGCCGCAGACUUUACUAUGUUGUUUUUUUAAAAAAUGCUUGUUUCUGGGUUAGAAGAGUCUUGAAUCUGAAAGUAUGUUGCUUAUUCCUGUGAGAUUGUCACUAAGUAUGCAAAAAACAGCAAAAUAGCAGACCUGACCACUAUGCUUUGAAAGGCCUGCUUGUAAAGGUUGGUCCUUGGCUGGCAUCUGGGAACUUAGAUUUCUAGGGUUCCCUC